AUGUAAUACUUUACUAAUAAUUACUUUGUGUUUUAGUCCAACUAAAUGCCUAAUAAAAAUAGAUUUUUUAAAUAAAUAGCAAAUGGUAAAGGGUAAAGAAAAUCAAAUACUCUUAGUAAAAAUAAUUUUAGUUUUUAAACAAAUGGAUUGCUGUUGGGCAAUACAGAAUAUUAAGAAACAAGUUCUCCAUCAGAAAUAGAUUCACCUUCAUCAGUAAAAAGAAAAAGGGAAAAUAAAGGUAAAAAAAAGACCUUCUUAAUAAAAUCAGAUGAUAACUAGCCUCAAUUAUAAAAAAAGAUAUCUAAAAAAGGAUAUCCUGUUGAGUUUGUAGAGAUUGAUUAAUCAGGUAUACUAAAACUAGGAGAGUUAGUAGAAUAAUUAUUUAUAAAAUAUGAGGGAUACAUUCAUUUGACUGUAAUAGCAGGGAAGGAAGGAAGUGGUAAAUCUUAACUGCUAAAUAAGCUCCUGGAUAUAUCAGGAAAACAAUCAUUCUAAACAAGGAAGGAAAAAGAGCAUUUUUAAUUUGGUACUGUGGACCUAUAAAUAUUUUCAGAGCCUAUAAUAAUCAAAGAGUUAAAUAUACAUUGCUUUUAUUUAGAUUUGUAAGGUAUAGAUGAAACGAAUAUUUCUCAUCUUAAGCUUUUACUAUUUGCUUUUUUAAUUUCUGACUCUUUUAUAUGGCACACAGAUGAAUAAAUAUAAUACAGUAUUCAUGAGCUUAGUGUUUUUUAAUAGAUAUAAGAAAAACUAUAAUUUAAAUUUAAUUCUACAUCUGAAGAAUUUAAAAUAUAUCCACAUUUUUACUAUUUGAUUAAGGGUAGAACACCUCACAGUAUAAGAAUUAAUGCUAUGUCUCCAAGAGGAUAUUUUAAAAGCUUUAUUAAAGAAGAACUAGAUGACUAUUUGUUAAAGUAUAAUUUUACUGACAUAAGCAACAAUAGCUCAAAUUAUUAUAACAAUCCGCUUUAUAGUGACUUUAAAUAGUAAUAUGUGCAGCAAGCAACGACUAGAGAUUUUAUCAUCAAAGAUAUGAAAACACAAGAAGAAAAUAAUAAAUAAUAAAACAAUAAUAUUUUAAGUUUUGACAAUGAAAAUGAUUCAAAUAAUUAAAAAUAAAACCAACAAAAUGAAAUGAAUACUUUUACUGAAGCUUUAGAUAAUUCAAAGCUAAGUUUUUAGCAAGAUUCUUAGCUGGUUAAAUCGUUUAAAAAUCUUUCUAGCACAUAAAAAUAGAACAUAAAGCAAAUUUUUAAUAAUUUUUACAUUGAUAAACUAAAGUUAGUUUUUUAUAAAGAUUCUAAACCAUAGAUUUAAAGAAGUGAAAAUAAAGAUAGAUAGAGGAAUAUAUCUAUAUCAAAUAAUUCAGCUAAUAGUUUAUCAUUUUAAAACUAAAAUAUUUAUGGGUCAUCUACUUCUUCGACUUUUACUCCAUUUAGCUCAUCGAAUAGAGGUUAUAAGAAACCUAUUAUGAGUCCAUCUCUUUAUUUAAAGUAGAAUAUCUAUGGACCUUUAUCGAGUGAUAUACAACUUUAGAAUAUUGAAAAAGAAAGUGAACUUUAGCAAGAAACAAUCGAGGAUGUUUUAUCUUGGGAAUAAUAUUAAAUAUAAAACUGUAAAAAGAUAUAUGGAAUAAACUAUAAUAGCCGAAUGUUUCUUACAUUUAUUCAAAAUCUUUUGGAUUAAAUAAAUCUUGGAAAAAAAAUUUCAAUUUAACAAAUUCAUUUUGAAGCUCUCUUAAAAGAAUGUGAGCAAGUAUCUAAUUGGUGCUAUGAAUAAUUUGUUGAGGAAAUGCUAGCAGCAUUAGGAGAUUAGAUGAAACCUUUAGACUAGCUUCUUUUCAUCAGUUUAUAAAUAAGAGAGAAUACAAUCAAUAAAUACAGUAUAUAUUUUAAAUAAUUGGAUUUUAGAGAAUGCAGUCCAUUUAUAUAAUAGAGAAAAAAACUAAAAAAGCACAUAGAUAGCUAUACAAAGCGAAUGUUUAAUUUAUAUUUUACCACAAUGGCAGGUAUAUCUGAGAUAUAAAGAAAAUAGCUUUCUCGAAAUCUAUUUAGCUAGAUAUAUGAAAGUAAUUAAACUAGAAAAGAAAUAAAUUAAUAAAGCAAUGAUCUUUCAAUCAAUAAUAAAAUUACUAAGAGUCCAAAUUUAUCAAUUGAGUAGGUUGAAAAUGAAAAUAAUGAUUUUAAUACUUCUUUAACUUAAUAAAGUUUUUCUGAAUAAGAUUAUACUAUUAAUGAAAUUGAAAAUGAAGAAGAUUUUGAAAGUGUUGAUGGAAAGAUAAAAGAAGUGCAUAAUUCUAGAAUAUUUUUAAAAAAUAACUUUUCAACAGAAUAAUAAGAAAGCAAAGUUAAAUAAUUAAAAACUUAAAGGAAUAUUUACAGGUCUUCAAUAGAAAAUUAAAUCGGUUUUACUAGAUAUUCUAGUCUUCAUCAAAAUUUGAAAAAGGCUUCAGGAUAUAGCCAAUUAUAGCAAAAAAGAUCAUCAAAUCCUAAAGUCUCCACUCCCUCAAAAAUAUUAAUUUCUAACUAGGAAAUUUAGCUUUAAACACCUCUAUAGACUAGAGAUACUAGGCCUUCGUAUGAUGGUUCCAAUUAAAUUAAAGAAGAAGAAUAGUAAUUAAGUGAAGAAGCUUGCAAAUAAAAUAAAGAAAAACUUUCUCGAAUAUUUAAUGAAGCUAUUACAUCUAUGAGAUAAUUUACAGAAAAAUACUUUUUACAAUAAGACGAAUGUGUGUAGUAUCCUUCUAUAUCCCAAUAUUAAAAUUUUAUUAGACAUACUUACAAAAAGUAUGUAGAAAAAUUUACAUAGUAGUAUAUUGAACUUUAUCAAAAAAUAAUUUAAUAAGAAGAAUUCCUGAGAUUUAAAGAUUUAAAAUAAAUGAGAGAUAUACUUUAUAAUAGAAGAGAAAUCCUCUCAAAACAAGAUACAGCCAUUACUCAUUAUAUAGAAAGUCUAAAAACAGAAUCUUAAAAUACUCAAAAAUUAAUAGAAUAAACUCAUAUAUUUUACCUUAAAAGCAAAGAUAAAUAUAAGCUAAGCCUUAUUUUACAAUAAAAAGAAGAAGAAUGCAGAAAACUAGAGGAAGAGUUGCAAAGACUUAAGGGUAAAAACAAAAGCUCAUAAAAAUGA